ACCCGGCGGUCUGAUGAUGUCACUCUUCCCGGUCUGUCCAGAAAUCCCAUGUGGCCCUGAUCGACUCUCUGAUGUCACUGUCCGCUAAAGAGACGGUGGAGCAGGUGAAGAUGGCGGCGGAGGCCGAGCACAUGGGCGUUGGCGCUCCGUGGGAGAACGCUCUGCUCUUCUGGGUCAACCUGCUGAACCAGAGGCUGAGAGAGUGCACAGAAGACGAGGAGCCGCCGAGGUCACAGACCUGUACAGACCUGCAGUCUGUGAAGGACACGUGUCAGUCCAACCGCUGGUACUGGAAACUAGUCCCCCAUGCUAUCGCUUUUUGUUUGAAGGAGUCGGGGAAUAAACCACCAGUGAUUCGCUACAGGAAAGACAAAGUGCAGUCGAAGCUGACGCCCACUUUCCCCCUGGUUUCUGCGGUUAAAGAUCUCUCUAAUGGCUGUGCGGUAGCUGCUGUGCUGCACUUCUACUGCCCCAGCUUGCUGCCCCUGGAGGAUGUGUGUCUGAAGGACACCAUGUCGGUGGCUGACAGUCUUUACAACCUCCAGCUGAUUAAAGAUUUCUGUGAGAGCAGACUACAGAGCUGCUGCCCUCUAGCUGUGGAGGACUUGCUCUACGCUCCCCCACUUCUUCAUCUGAACAUCAUGAGUUUCAUGGCAGAACUCCUGGAGUGGUUUGAGAUCAGGAAGCCGGAGUUUGUGCAGCCCCUACAACCCGUGGACCUCACAGAUGUCUCAGAGCUGCUGGACUGCACCAGUCCUGUCAGUGGGAACAGCAACAGUGGUUCCCCAUCUUUUAUUUUCAAACAACCUUUUGUGCCCCUCUCGUCAGUGUCACCGGUUUCAGAAAACAAAAGCUGGACAAAGAAGCAAAUCAGUCGUCCACUGUCAGCAGUGACUUUCAGCAUCCCAUUUGGCCUGGACAGUGAUGUUGACAUUGUCAUGGGAAAUCCAAUAGAUUCUGUCUUUCGCUCCGUCAGCACUGACAACCUCCCCACCGGCGUCCCUGCCAUCACCUCGUCGAUGACAUCAUCAGGGAUGGCCCGUGUCCCGUACACCCCACCGGAGGACCUCAGCCACCUUGUUAGCAGCUCAGCUCCGUCCCAGCGGUCGUCCUGGGGGCCCUAUGCGCACACGGCGCCAUUGGGAGAACUGCCAACUAUUGAGGAGGCGCUACAGGUGGUUCACGCUCCCAACGGCAAAAGGAUACCAGAGAAGGGAGGCAGAGGGCUGGGGGGAGGAAGGCCCGAGCCGAGGUUAUGCCCAGAGGGAGCCCCCGCUGGCUUCUUCCUGCACUGUCCGGAGGAAGAUAGCUCCCAACUUAGCAGCUCCGCUCCCUCUCGGUCGGGAGUUCUCUACCGACCUGUAGGUGGAGAAGUGGGUGGAAAUGAAAGGCAAGGAAGAGGAGGGAGGAGCGAGAGAUCAGGCCGGCGCUCUGAUAUGUCACGUGAUGAUGAUUCCGUUCUCCGAGACGGCAGCGUUGAUUCCUCCGACACGUCAGAUGAUGCCCCGAGGAACGCUCCUGGAAACAUUCGACCCAGUAGUGGUCACCAUGGGAACAACAGCGCCAACAACAGUACAAGAAUGACCAGCUUUGCUGAACGACGUGACAAUAGAAGGAGACAGCCUGCCACUCCUGGAGAGGAAUCCCUCUCAGCUCCAACACCAACAACCCCAGGGACGCCACACACACCCUCAACCCCUGUGAAGGCACCGGGUCCCACCGGUCCAGAACCAGGGCCUGAGGCCUGGGAGUUGGGAGCUCGUCUGGAGGAAAAACGAAAAAGCAUCGAAGCCCAAAAAAGGCGAAUUGAAGCCAUAUUUGCCAAACACAGGCAGAGGCUGGGGAAGACGGCGUUCCUUCAGCUGAAACGAGAGAAAGGAGGAGGAGGAGGAGGAAAUGGAGCAGAGGAUGACAAUCUCACCCUGGAGGAGCGCCUCACCCGCAUGGAGGAGCAACUGAAGCAGGAGGAGGAGAAGGAAGUGAAAGAGGUAAAGGAUGACGGAAAAGCUGACGACAAAGAGAGUGAAAAAACAAAUGUUUCUAAUCCUCCUCGGUUGGAAAAGCAGGUCACGUUCUCUAUCGACAGUAAAAAAGAGCCAGAGAAGGAGAAACCAGGCGAGUCCGUCCUGGAGGACUACAACGAAGUGGUGCAGAAACUGGGCGAAGCCCUGCAGUCACUGCAGAGAGACAUGCAGAAACUCACAGAACAGCAACAGCAGCUACUGGGAAACCAGAGACCCAGAAAUUCACACAAGACGACUCUGAAACCCAAACAGAGGAGUAACGUUAAAACGCCUCCUCAAACUCCUCCGCACACGCCAACAAAGACGCCACCAAGAACCCCAACCAAGGCUCCGACGAGGAGCUCCACUAAAGCCUGGGUGAUCCCCGCUGCUCCACAUCUCCCCACUUCUUCUUCCCCUUCUAGACGAUCCAAUGUUCUCUCCUUAUCCACCUCUCCAAAAUCCACCAUCUCCUCCUCGUGCCCUGCUCCACGCACAAAGAUUCACGCCGCCUCCUCAUCGCCCAGAAGCCCCAAACACCAUCAGCGCCAACAGAAUCAGCGACUCCAUCCACGACCUUCUGAUCUCAAGGUCCCCACGUCCACCCGCGUCUUGGUGCCGACCCAGACCGUGGACACCCUCCAGCACUUACGCCGCGCGUCACCCAGCAAGUGUCAAGUCCAGACCUCCUCCUCUUUCCAUAUCGGUGGUCCCCGGAUCCCUCAGGACUCCCCUCAACGUCCUCCUCAACCUGAUGAAAGCACAUCAGAGACAGGUUCCAGUGAGACACCCACACAGUUCAGCCUGGAGCUGGAGCAGGAGGAGGAGGCGGAGGCCGUUGGAGGACUGCCCGUCUCUGCAGUGGCCAGACACGGGGGUUCUCGGGCCGGGGGCAGCAGCUCCGGUGCACCGUCAGAGUGUUCGUUUGAGAGCGAGACUUUCUCCAUCUCUGCUGCCUACAGCACGGGAGGUGGAGGCACGAGAAAGAGCUGCAACCAGAUGGAGGCGUCGCUGUCCUCUCUGAUUGGACCAGAGGGAGGAAGUGAUGUACCGACUGAUGAAGGUCAUGAGUUUUCCUCUGACUCCAUGAGUGAUCACACAGAAUCUGCGGCAGAACCUGGGGCGAGGCUCGUCCCAGAACUUUUUGAACCUCUGGAGCAGCCGGAUCAUGAAGCAGUAAACCCAAAAUCACCAGAAUCACCCGAAGAACAUAGGGAACCCAAGAGUCAGACAGAACCAUCGGAACCAAACGCAGAGCUGGCUGAGCAGGGAACCAGGGGAGGGAUCGGAUUCUUCUUUAAGGAUGAACUCCAUAAUGAGGAGGAGAUGGCGCAGCGUCGCGCGCUCCUGUUGGAGAGACAGCAGAGGAGGGCAGAGGAGCUGAGGAAGAGGAGGCAGUGGAACGAACAGGAAAGAGAAAACAGGUCAACGUUAUUAGACAGAAACGCAGCGUCGCCGCCACGUACGCCACCUGCAGCCACCACCUCUCCUUCCCCCACUCCUCCUGCUACUCCAGCCCGCCGAGAUGAUUUCACACGAGGGGAGUACGCGCGGCGACAGCAGCUCAGGGUCAUGGAAGACUUCGACAAAGUACUGCGGCAGAAAGCCCCCAGUCAGGGACGAUCUCCCGCUAAGAAGAGCCGCGCUCGGCCUCGCAGCAUGACCAGGGAGGAAACAAAGUUGUCUUUGAGUCCGGCCAAAGGAAUUAUUGGCGCGAAGUUGACCAAAGAGUAUUCGCACUCCUCCGUCAACUUGGCUGCAAGAGACGAGUCAGGAAACAACGGACGUGACUCCGGCAAGAAAGGCCGGAGCAGCCGCCCUGAAUCACCCUCAGGAUGUGUGACACCAAACAAACUGGCCAAUCAGAAUCUAGAAAAGGACUCUGAGGCGGCCUGUAAUGGUUCCUCAUCAGCCCAAGAAUACACAGGUCCGAAGCUCUUCAAAGAACCCAGUUUCAAAUCCAACAAAUUCAUCAUCCAUAACGCGCUGUCACACUGCUGUUUAGCUGGAAAAGUUAACGAGGCACAAAAGACCAAGAUAGUGGAGGAGAUGGAGAAAAGUCCCGCCAACCACUUUCUCAUCCUUUUCCGUGACUCCAGCUGCCAGUUCAGGGGCGUUUACACCAUGAACCUGGACUCACAGGAACUGGUCCGACUGGCGGGUGUGGGUCCGAGGACGGUCAGCUCCACCCAGGUGGAGUCCAUCUAUAAAUACAGCUCAGACAGGAAGCAGUUUAGCGCCAUUCCCUCAAAAACCAUGGGUAUGUCUGUUGAUGCCUUCACCAUCCCUGGUCACCUUUGGCAUGGAGGAGGAGGAGGAGCAGCAGGAGGAGGAGGCAGGAGAACGAGCGUUGCCAAAAAGGCGGUUCCUUCCAAGUGAGAGCGUCUCGCUGCUACGAGUGACAGAAGUCACAGACGAUUCUAGGAAAAAUAAAAAUGUGUAGGUAAAAACAGGCCUGGAGGCUCGGUAUGUUUCGUGUGUGUGUGUGUACACAGAUACACAAGUACUUCUCUAGACAUAGGAUUUUACUUCAAUUAGAAAGUUUUCAGGAGAGAAAAGUGCACGUCAUCCACUGUGCAUAAAAGCAGCAGAGGAGUCACACUCUUACAGAGGAAGGACGCUAACAUUUUGUAAAAGAAAAAAAAAGCCUACAUUGCACAAAUAAGAGUUACUUUUAAAAAGUCUCAUCACUUUAACUUCGUAUUGUUUGAAGUACAAACUUGAAAAAUGUCUCUUUUUUUUCUUUCAGAGGAAAAAAAACUUAUGAAGUUGUUUACUAAACUACAGAACUUUUAAUAAGACUUUAGAUCAGUGUCAGAUCUCUGUGUAGGAAAACGGAAGUUUUAUACCUAAGUCAAACAUCUGAGGAAAAAAAAAAUCCCUUUUUAUUCUCACCAUCGCUUAUGAGUGCUCAAGUCUGUCAGCAGGGGGCGCCGGGAACAUUUGUUCUCUUAAAACUAUGACCAUAGCCAUAACCACAGAAUGUAGAGGUGAACGAAUCAUCAGACUGGUGUCACAGGUGACGUCAGCACCGCAGCAUGGAGGAUCAGUUACUGCAUGAAAUGACACAGAAGAAGAACUUGUUACUGUUAACAAUACGUGAAUGUAAAAACCCAAGAAAACUCGGAAAUCUUCCUAAAAUGCAAUAAAUCUCCACCAGUUGCUGAAUCACUCGAACCUUUGGCAGAUGCUCCUUUUAUACCACAUCGGAUGUUACUUCUAGGAUCAUUCCUUCUCCACCUCAACAUUUUGGAUUGUGUUGGAGAAAUUGUUUGUUUUUAUUUGACAAAUCCAAAUAAUUUGUCACUGAAAAUUCAAGUCUUGUUGCAUUUUGAGGAAGUUUGCCAGCUUUUCUGGAAAUAGGGUUCGGAUGCCAACUUGUACAAUUCAUUACAAGUAUAUUAAGGAUAAAGUUUCAUGUCAUAUUACUUUUACUUUGUUUCACGCUGCUACUAGUUUUCUCUUGUAAUUUAGUUAAUGACGUCAUU